AGAGAGAGAGAGAGAGAGAGAGAGAGAGAGACUGAGAAAGAAUGGUGAGAACUCCGAGCUUUGAUAAAAAUGGAAUGAAGAAAGGUGAAUGGAGUCCUGUAGAAGAUAACAAGUUGAGAGCUUAUAUUCAUAGAUAUGGUCAUUGGAACUGGCGUGAACUUCCCAAGUAUGCUGGUCUAUCAAGAUGCGGAAAGAGUUGUAGACUGCGGUGGAUGAAUUACUUGCGUCCAAAUGUGAAACGGGGAAAGUACACCAAAGCGGAAGACGAUCUCAUCAUGGAAUUACAUGAAAAACUUGGAAAUAAAUGGUCAGCCAUAGCUGCAAAAUUACCAGGAAGAACCGACAAUGAAAUAAAAAAUCAUUGGCAUACCCAUCUUAAGAAACGCAUUAAAGAAAAUCAAUCGACAUUUGAAUUGAAACAGAAAGCUAUUCAAAUUUCUCAAUCUCUAGCCAAUCUUGAACUGCAAUCUCAUGAAUCACCACGAUCUGAAAUCAACCAAGUGACUGAUGAAUUGGGCUCAAAAGACGUCACUGAUGAAAUAUAUCAGCAAAUUUUAGAAAGCUCUCCAUUGUCGUCCCGAGAACUGUCUUCCAGUGAUUUCUCUUCCAGCAUGACUUCUGAUUAUGCACUUUUGAGUGAUAAAAACUGGGUUGGGGAAGACAUCAUGAGUUCAUUGGAAUUGUUUGAAGAGUCCGUUAGGAAUUUCUGGAUUGAACCAGUUUUUGAAGAAUUUUCGUACCAACAAAAUGGAUUUUCAUCAACCUUGGCUGAGGGAGAAUCUAUGUGUCCAUGUUUUUUGGACCAUGACGAUGAUAGCAUUGAGUGGUUCCACCAGAUACUGAAAGAACUUCCAGAAAACUGA